ACCCGACUCAGUCCUUCUUGUCUUCCCGUCCGACCAACAGUGAAAGUGAUUGUGAAAAUUGAACUCUACAAUUCAGGUAUAAAGUUGAAAAUGUCGGCGUCACCAAUUGCAAGACAAGCUACUCACAGCCAGGCCAUCCCAUCAAGGAGGGUGCUCAUUACGGACCCUACGCAGUUGCCUGAUGUAUACUCAAGUACCCCAGGUGGCACUCUUUACUCUACCACACCAGGAGGUACAAGGAUCGUGUACGAGCGGUCAUUUAUGAUGUCUUUAAGACAAUCUCCCAUAUCACAAACCCCACCGAAGUGUUCACUACCCGCUGCGCUAUUGAAGAACCCCGGUUCUGUCCCACACACGCAGGCGGCGCCCGCGCAGAAGAAUGCGCGCUCGAAUUCCAUAUCCUUUGAUGAGUCACAGGAAACCUUCAGUAUGGAUCUCUAAUUAGGUUAAGGUUGUGAAGUAACUGGAAACUAAUGCAUUUAUUAUUUUUGUAAUGAUUACUAUUGUCCGACAGAAAUAAGGGUUUACUGGCGUCGAAGUCAGUUUUCAGAAUUUAAUUCGUAUAGUUCAAGUAUAAAACGGAGCUGCCUUUUGAUGCAGUUUUGACCAAUUUUCUAUGAAUACUGUUACAAUUGUUGUUCUACAAAUUCCUAUUUAUGUAUACUGUUAUUUAAGAAAUUAAAACUGUUGUUAAAAUAUAUAUGAAGUAGGCAUAUAUAUAUGUCAAUAAAAAAAAUAACCGAAAGACAAAAUCAUAAUAUCACAAUUAUGUCUUUAUUGUUCAAAAGGUAAUGUUUUAAAAAAUGCUAGCAAAGACUGUAAGUAACAGUGGGUGAGCUAUGGAAAGCGUCCGAAUCGAAAUCAAUAAUAUAACAAAAAAAUAUUAAAUAAACUAUAUAAAUGCCAUAAAUAAAUAAUGAAAUUUUUAUAUAUUACAGACAAAACAGUAUUCUUUAAAGAUAUUUAUAACCAUAUAAUUACCCGCUAAUCAAAUUUUUUUUUACUAAGUAUUCUGAAAUUUUUUAUGUCCAACACCGAAGUGAUACUGAAAAAUAUUGUGAGCAUUAGUUUUCAGUGAAGUAACUGGCCAAGAUAUUAUAUUUUACUUUAUUGUUAGCAAAGACUGGUCGAUUGCUAUGUUUCUUAUUCAUCUUGGCUUUUGAUAUUGUUAAGUGUAAACCUAGGUUUAGAGCGUGACUGAACCUGCGUUCAAAACGCAAGACAUCCUUCGCUGUCAUUACUAAAAUAUAAAAAAUAUAUACAAAACGUUUAUAAAAAAAAUAUGUAACGAAAAUUAUUAAUGGAAUGGAUGCAUCGUCAUGACUGUCAAAUUGGAAAAAAAAAUGGCGGCAAAGGAAUCUGUAAAUAAUUAUUUAGUUUUAUAGCGUUUGACGCACAAUAUUUAGGUGCUUUAUAUUUCUUAAAUUUUUUUGUAAGCAAGUGCCAUUUCGCUGGAAGUUAAUUUCUGUUCAAUAAUUUACUUCGUGAAUUGGCAUUGCUAUAGAAGAGGCAAUCUCAAAUAAUAAUAUGGCUAAGACAAAAGAUAUUUGAGAUGAACGACGUAAUGGUCACAGAUUGUUAUUGUAAUCUUCGAUUGUACUUUUUUAUUUAAAUUAAUGGUCAUAUUGUAUUUUUAAACAUUGGAUUGUAGCGGUGAUUUGGUUUAACUUUUUCAUUUACAACAAAAACAAAGAAUAAAAAAGGAGAAUAAAUCGAUCGCUACAGUUCAUAAUAACCACUCAGUUUUCAACUUUUUUAUGUAUUAUAGAAAAGUUUAAUUAAUAUUUCGUCCUA